ACUUGGCACACUUGGCACUGACUCUCAGUGAUAUCUUGGACGAGAAUCGAGAAUCGGAAAACGAGAGCUGCCAGAAGAACCAUGAGUGAAGGACAGCCUCUGCUGCAGACGACGCCGGGGGGCUCGCAGAACUACCAUGCCGCAGUCGCCAGAAGCCGCAGCACUUUGAGGCGAUUCCUCACGUCAAGAACGGGCCAUUACUCCAUCCUGCUCCUUGUUUCUCUCGAUGUCUCUUGCAUCUUCGCAGACUUCAUCGUCAACAUCUUCACAUGCGAAACCCGCGGACCGUCGUCUGGCGCUAGCACUGCUCUUGAGGCUCUGGGGAUCAUCAGCCUGGUCUUCUCAUGCCUGUUCAUGGCCGAAUUGCUCGCCUCUAUCUGGGCAUUUGGCCCAAAGUAUUUCAAGUCCAAAUUCCACUGCUUUGAUGCUUUGAUCAUCGUUGCAGGUUUUAUCGUCGACGUUCUUUUGCGUGGUGUUAUCGAAGAAGUCGCAUCUCUAGUCGUCAUCUUCCGUCUCUGGCGCGUGGUCAAGAUCAUCGAGGAGCUUAGCGUCGGCGCGCAAGAGGAGAUGGAGGGUCUGUAUGAGCAUGUGGCAGACCUUGAAAAGCAGAACGAAGAGCUGAAAGAGGAGCUCAAGAGGUUCAAGGUUAGAGCCCCAGAUGAGUAGAUGGUGCCUAACAGCUAUGAUUGCAGUACUAGGACACAAGUCUGCUUAGGUUAUUUCGUCUCGCGUACUUUCAGUAGUUAGGAUCGACUGUGAUAUUGUUCGCGUUUUCACUUUCACGCAUUAUUCACCUCUUUGGAGCUUGCAGAAUUUAAAUCACCUAAGGGUAUCCGAAUCCUUCAUUUCAAUCAUUAGCUAACGCCUUCGCUCAAUGCAUCAUGCUUUUAUGCUUUUGUGAUGUAUGGUACAAAGGGAAGUGUAGUAUCAUUCGUGUAGCAUGCUCAUCUAUAUCAGCUGG